AUGGUGGGAAGAAGACCCAGAACCGUCAACUCGGCCACCGAUUGGCACGGGACCAUGCCGUCUCGUCAGCCGUCUUCCAUCCGCCGACGGUAUCGAGAUGACGAUGAAGAAACCGGACUCCAUUCCAACAUCCACGACGACCGCGCCAAGGUCACCUCUUUCAGCGGCUUCAAAGAUGCCCGACACCUGGCCAUCGCCGAACAGCGUCGCAUUGACUUGAAACAGAGGGUGCUCGAUGGCAUGAAAGGCUUAUCCUCCUGGGAGGAACACUGUCGCAAGUCCGAUGCCGAGCUCAAAGCCAUCAAAAACAAGAAUAUCAGGAGAUACUACGAGUCCCAAAACGAGACGCUCGAUAGCUGGGUCGAGGUUGACGCUUUGGUCAUGGCCGUUGCCGAUGAUGUCAUUGACAGCAUGAAUCCCGACGCCGAUAGGGACGGCAUUGCCGAACGCCGUGUUCCCCUCGCCGACUCCAAAGGCGCCGUUGAAGCAUUUCUGCCUCCCGAGCACAUCGAGAAGCGCCGCCGUGAUGAACGAAACGCGAAAUGGGCUAUAAACACCAAUGUCAUCGCCAAUGUGUUCAUGCUCAUUGGCAAGCUGGUCAGUCUACGCUUUAGUCCAUCGCUUUCCUUGGCUGCCAGCACCGCGGACUCGGCCUUGGACUUGUUCUGUACCUUGAUUAUUUACAGUACCAACCGCAUUGUCUCCUGGCGUCUGCGCGCUCUACGGCUCAAGUACCCCGUCGGAAGGCGGCGCCUCGAACCCAUCGGGAUUCUUGUCUUCAGUGUCAUCAUGGUUGUUUCCUUUAUCCAGAUCCUUCAAGAGUCGGUCAAGAAGCUGUUACCUGGCGGUGACAGAGAUGUUGCGCCGCUGCCUCCUGUUGCUAUUGGUGCCAUGGCUGCCAAUGCCAUCAUCAAGGGCAUCAUCGGGCUCAUAUGCAGACCCAUCAAGACGACGCAGGUACAAGCGCUGGUGCAGGACUGCAAGACCGAUGUGUACUUCAACACCGCCUCUCUCCUCUUCCCCCUGAUUGGUGUUGCUGCCCAGAUCUGGUGGCUGGAUCCCCUCGGUGCAACUUUAUUAGCCCUCUAUGUCAUCUGUGACUGGGCUGAGACGUGCAUCGAAAACAUCAGCCGCUUGACCGGAAGCAGUGUAGAUGAUGCCUUGCAAAAGAAGCUGAUGUAUCUCGCCUUCCGCUUUUCCCCUGUCGUUGCAGGCUUCAAGUCGUUGACGGCAUACCAUGCUGGCGAUGGUGUUUGGGUCGAGCUGGACAUAUUGUUGGAUGAGAGCACCUCGCUGCCUUUGGCACAUGAUAUUGCCGAGACGCUGCAGUAUUGCUACGAGAGUCUUCAGGAAGUGGACAGAGCUUUUGUCACGGUGGACUAUUCCACCUUGGGCCCUACGGGACAUAACGAGUGUGAUUGAUCGGUACGCUGUGGUGAGGGAGAUGGUCUGGGUUGUGGUACGUCGUGGAGAUCUCAGUGUCACUGCCCGUUACCACAGACUUAGUACUUCCGCCGAGCCGAGGCUGUCACUGCGACCAAAGUGUUCGUGUUGGACGGCUGUGUCUGGGUUUUGCCUCAUGAAUUUACUAACACAGCUAUUCUCGUACUUGUGAUGCAGAUCUGCAGUUUGAACGGGCAAUUGAGCCCAACAGGGCAGAUUCUCAAGG